AUGAGUAUAUCGAUCGCGCCAAACGCCGUAUCGUCGUCGUCGUGGUGUCGUUCGAAUUAUUCGAGACGACGGUCGCGAGCGUCUCGAUUGCUCUGCUCGUCCUCGUUUACGUCAAACCGGGGUGAUGAUGAUGAUGAUGAUGAUAAUGAUGACAACGACGGAGGAAAAGACAACAACGUGAAAGGCCUUUCCGCAAUCAAACGAACGAACACAAAUGUCGACGAAGACGCCGUGCUUUCGAACAUCGGAGACUCUACGAGUCAAAAGCGAAAAGCGGACGAAUUCGCGCAGAUGUUGAACGCGGCAAAGAAAUACAGCGAGAGUAAAAAAAUGGGCGUGGAAACACCGAGUGUACAAGGUGGAGGGGAUUCGAAGAAGCUCACCGCGGAAGAGAGGAUCGCGCAGGCGAGAGGGUACGCGACGAAGAAGAAGGAAGAGAUGUCCUCGUCGAAGAAUAAAGAUGCAUCAGAGGAGGAAGAGAAACCAUCGUCGUCGCGACCGCAAAAAUCCGUGAACGUUCAAAUCAUAUCGAAAGAUACGUCGUACAAUCCGUUCGACGAGGACGAGAGCGUCGUCGGCAUGGACGAUAUCGAAACCGGGGUGAAUUAUAAACCGAAAGUGUCCACGUGGGGGGUAUUCCCGCGUCCAAAAGAUAUCUCCAAAGAGUACGGGGGUGGAAGAACUUUAAAAAAAGACGAGAAAGGGCAAAACAUUAUCGAAUCGAAAGAAGAAACCGAGGCGAGGAAAAUCCGCGUGGCGAAAAAGUUGGAGAAGUAUCGCACGACGAACGCGCUGAACAUGACGAAAGAGGAAGAGGAGAAAGCGCGAGAAGCUUUGGCGGAAGCGAACGAGUUCUUACGCGUCGGGAGCGUGACGAAAGGUAUUGCGGUUUUAGAGCCGUUCGAGAAGGAUAUCAACGCGCGAUCGGAGUUGGGAGGACAGGUGAUUUUUUGUUACGCGAUGUGUUUAGAUAACGCGCAGCGGAGAGACGAGGCGUUGAAACAGUAUAAAAGAGUUUUGGGAAACCAGUACGGUUUAGUGUCCAAGCAGGCGGAGAGAAUGCUGUGGGGAAUGACCACGGCGUCGAAGAAGAUGAAAGCGGAUUUGUUCGAUUACGAAUCGGACAGGAGAAAGUUUACCGAAGACGCUUUAGAAAAAUGGGUCAAUCCAAAGUGGCGGUCCAGAGAGGAGGACGUUGAAGAGGCGAAGAAACUGAACGAACAAGCGAUCAUGUUCGUUUUCGGAUUGGUGGUUUUACCGUUGAUAAGUUUUAUCGCGUACUUGAAUAUUUGA